AUCCAAAACCGCACAAAACAGGAGGCUUUUGGGACGUAAUUUCAAAUCUGAAGCACAAGGCUUUUGAAAGCCGAACAAACAAACCCCAAACGAAGAGAACCAAAAAAACAAAAAAAAAAACCUAAACCACACACAAAACGCAGUGGUUGCUUUUGCUUUGCCGAGCGGCAGCUUGUUGCAGAUUCUUCCCUCCCAGCGCUCUUCUGUAAAACGAGCAGAUGGAUAAGUUCCAGAGGGUGGAGAAGCCCAAGGCCGAGGCGGCGCCUAUAAAUGAGAAUGAGAUUCGCAUAACCGCUCAAGGCAGAAUGAGGAACUAUAUUACUUACGCCACCACUCUCCUUCAGGAGAAAGGGUCUGAUGAAAUUAUUCUCAAGGCAAUGGGCAGAGCUAUCAAUAAAACUGUGAUGAUUGCUGAACUAAUAAAGAGAAGGAUUGUUGGUCUCCAUCAGAAUACUUCAAUUGGAUCAACUGAUAUUACUGACGUGUAUGAGCCCCUGGAAGAAGGCCUGGAUCGUGUAGAGAGUACUCGGCAUGUUUCAAUGAUCACUAUUACUUUGUCGAAGACGGAGCUUCAUACAUCCUCUACAGGAUACCAACCCCCUCUUCCGGCUGACCAAGUGAAGCCAUUGAAUGAUUUUGAGGAUAAUGGAGAGGGUUCGCCUAGAUUCCGAGGCAGGGGUCGUGGUGGCCGAGGACAAGCUAGGGAUAGAGGAAACUACAAUGGGGUUGGGGAUUAUCAUGGAGAUGGAUGGGAUGGUGGGCGUGGUUAUGGUGGCAGAGGUAGAGGCCGCGGAAGAGGUGGUUCUUUUAGGGGACGAGGAAGAGGUUAUGGUCAGUCGGGUGGAUACUAUGACUAUGUUGAAGGUGCACCUGCCCAAGGUCGCGGUCUUGCAGGGCGCGGUCGAGGCAGGGGAAGAGGCCGUGGUCGUGGUCGUAAUACCAGAUUGGAAGGACAAGCACCCGCUGCUUGAGCAGAUGUUUACAAAGAUAUGUGUGUGGACUUGAAAAAAAGAAUGAUAUAUGGGAUGCCUGCUCUGCUUAUGUCGUCGUGAAGUUUGCUGAUAUAUCUAUGGGCACUGUCUUUCCUUUGAAGCUUUAUAAGUGUUGCAACCGUGAUGCUUGAAAUUUUGUUUUGUAGGUCGUGAGGUAGGAAUACUGUACUAGUUUUUGCUAAUUAAGGUUUUUUUUAUACACCUUACAAAAGUUGUAAAACGCUUUUUCUUUUUUCGUAGAAAUAAUAGAGCAGUACAUUAUUUUA